CCCAGCGCCCUUCCCCCGGCGCGGCCCUCCGCCGCCCUCCCCGCCCGCGGCCGCCCACAAGAUGGCGGCGCUGCUCGGGCGGCGCUGCGGCCGCGUUGUGGCUGCGGCGCUGCGGAGGGCUCAGGUCCGGCAGCGCAGCACGUUCGACGUAGCGGUGGUCGGUGCGGGAAUCGUGGGGCUGGCCGCCGCCCGGCAGCUCGUCCUGAGGCACCCCGCGAUCAGCUUCGUCGUGCUGGAGAAGGAGCGGCAAGUAGCUCAUCACCAGAGUGGACAUAACAGCGGUGUGAUUCACAGCGGCAUUUACUACACUCCUGGAUCCCUGAAAGCCAAGCUGUGUGUACAAGGUGCAGCUCUCUGCUAUGAGUAUUGUGACCAGAAGGGAAUACCAUAUAAACAAUGUGGGAAGCUAAUUGUAGCUGUUGAACAAGAUGAAAUCCCAAGACUCAAAGCUCUGUAUGAGAGAGGGCUCCAGAACAACGUCCGAGGUCUGAAGUUGAUUGGAACAAAAGAAAUACAGGCAAAAGAACCCUUCUGCAGGGGUCUGAUGGCCCUUGAUUCUCCAUACACUGGCAUUGUGGAUUACAGACAAGUGGCUCAGUCCUAUGCUGAAGACUUCCAGGAAGCAGGUGGAACAAUCUUGACUGAUUUUGAAGUUACAGACAUGGAGAUGGCUAAAGAAAGUUCUUCAGGAGAUGAAGAUGGACUGAAGUACCCAGUCAUUGUUAGGAGCUCUAAGGGUGAGGAAAUCUGCUGUGGGCACAUAGUGACCUGUGCAGGGCUUUACUCAGACCGCCUGUCUGAAAUCAGUGGUUGCAGCCCCGAGCCUCGGAUUGUACCCUUCCGUGGAGAUUAUUUGGUGCUAAAACCAGAGAAGUGCUACAUGGUGAAAGGAAACAUUUACCCGGUUCCCAACCCUCGCUUCCCUUUCUUGGGGUUUCAUUUCACGCCAAGAAUGGAUGGCAGUGUUUGGCUCGGUCCGAAUGCAGUGCUGGCCUUUAAGAGAGAGGGCUACAAGCUGUUUGACUUCAGUGCUACAGACUUCUUAGAUGCUGUGCUGUACAGUGGCUUAUGGAAACUUGUACUGAGAAACUUAUCGUAUGGACUGAAUGAGAUGUACAGAGCGUGUUUCCUUAGUGCACAGGUGAAGGAACUUCAGAAGUUCAUCCCAGAGGUCACCGUCAAUGACGUACUCAGGGGUCCAUCUGGAGUGAGAGCACAAGCGUUGGACAGCGAUGGGAAUUUGGUGGAUGACUUUGUAUUUGAUGGUGGCACCGGAGAUAUUGGAAGCAGAAUUCUUCAUGUCAGAAACGCCCCUUCUCCCGCUGCCACCUCCUCCCUUGCCAUUGCAGAAAUGAUCGCUGAUGAAGUGAAGCAAAGAUUUGAAUUGUGAAUGAUUGCCAGGCGCAGGGCUGCUUUACCCCUCUUGUAUGUGUAGCUGCUUGUCUGAACUCUGCAGCCUUUCAUGAUGAAGAUAAAACAGGCAGCGUGUUGCUGGUACAAGAUGUGCAGUGCAAAAACAGCACUUGAAAUGUUUGCCAGCCCACAGCUUGUCGGCUUCCCAAGUAGAGGAUGGUUGGUGCCGGGCAAGACCUGCUAUGGUGCUGCCAUCUGCAAGAGCCAAGCAAGUGGGCUGCUCACAGUGAGGGCUUGGCUGCAGGCUCAGCUGGAGCAGGCUGUGGAGGGGCUGGUGCUCAGUGCAGGGUGAGGUUCUCACACCAGGCCCACAGUAGGUGGGGAAGGAGGAGCCUCUGUGGUUGGGUUGCCCACCUUUGAAGAACCCCAGGCACCGGGUGGUUCUGUGCACUGUCUCUCUGUCACUUUAAAUCGGCUUGGAGUCAUCAGACCCCUAACUGAUGUUAAAAUAAUGGAGAUGGAAGGAUAAACCCUGCCUAAGGAUUCUUCUGCAGAUACAGAAUUCAGGGUUUUAGUGGAGACUGAAAGUAGCUGAAUAUAGCUAUGUACUUAAUAGCUGAAUAUUCAGAGAGAAAUAAGCCUGGCAAGAGAUUACCAAACCCAAGUCAAUUUCGACUGUGAAUCUCCACUUGCAUCUUUGUUAUCUAUUUUAGUAUUGAGCUGAAAUUAAAAUGUAUACAGUAUCAGA